UGGACUCGCACAAUUUCCCUUCUCCGCAGAUGUCAAGUUUUAUUGAGCCUAAGGAACAAAACUGUAUGGCUAACGACGCAGUGAACUUAAAAAAUGACGAAGUUAAUGGCAACGGACGUCGAAGACGCCUUUCAUCUUCCAGCGGAAGCAUUCCAAGACACGCUAAAUCUCUUGGCUCGCUGGAAGCUGCUGGCGAGAGAAAUGAACCUGUAAAUUGUGUUCAAGAUGCAACAAGCACGGCAGCAAAUGGAGGUUUCGUUGGAUUGCAUCGUCGUAGAAAGAUAUCACUGCCUAGUAGACCCGUUCAGCUAAAACCCGAUCAGUUUCUCGAAGGAGGACGUGUGGAGCUGGCAAAACGAGAAGUGAAUCUGGAUGCACAUAUGCCUGCGUUUUAUGAAAACCCUUGUUCAGUAAAGAAGUAUACAAGUACUCCCAUUCGAAUAACUGAAGCAAACGGAUGGAUGUUUGGGGACAAUUCUGUCUUAGGUGGAGUGAGUGUCAACCAAGGACCUCGGCAAAGACGGAUUAGUCUGCCCGUAUUGAAGGUUGACAAAUCGCCGGAUUCGCUUCAGCCUUUUACAAGCUAUGACUCUAAUUCAGCCGGUGAGCUGAGUGACAAUUUUCUUAACCCUUCUUCUAUUCCUCAAGUUCAAAGAGGUCCAUUAACAGGUAAAAAAGCGGAGACACGUCAGUGGAACCAAAGGCUCUGACUCAUGAAAACGUCGAACAAAAUUAAGAGAUGGCCACCGUUAAGAUCUCAUUUUCUAGAUUGGAAUCUGGAUACAAAAUUGACACCCUGUUUCCAUCCUCCUGUAGUGAACACAGAGAGAGAAACGAAUGUACGAUAUGCCUCAAAAUUUUUUCCUUGCGAACGAUACUCUAUAUUUAGAGAUGCACAUCUGUUAUCACACUUUGCGGGUGAAAUUAAGUCGGCAAUAUCUAAGGUCGAGUCAUUAGCUACGGGCAGUGACUCAUUCUCAGUUCUCGUGAAACUGAUUGAAGAAGAAGCUUCAGUUAUCUGACAUAUGUUGAUGUGAAACAAAAUAUUCAGUGAUGAUAGUAUGCUAUGUGUUUCUAAGCGCAAUUUUAAAACCUUCCCAUGCAAGUUUAUUAAUAGUUAACUUUAUGGUAAUUGAUAUCAGAGGUUAUUGACCUCGCUAUUUUCCAUUAGAGCCCACAGUUUCUUCUUAUGGCACCCUAAGCCCGUUCUUCCCAAUCGCAACAAAAAGCAAUAUUUAACUUGAAUCUUCUGAUACGUGCCGUCCUCUUUGAUUCGUCUGCCGCAAUGUUAGUUUAUAACUUAAGCUUUUGGAAGUGACCAGUUUCUUUGUCAGGAUACAGUAACAACGUACGAAAACAAAUAGGUUCAAUCAAACAAUAAUCAAUCGAAAGUGCAGUCACGUGCAUCUGAAUUGAAAAUCAAGUUGAUCGAAAUAAGACUGAAUUUCAACAUUUAUGAGGGAAAUUCCUCGAGAGUAAAAUAUGUGAGCGAGGAGAAGAUUGCUAAGGUUAUUCCUGCUGUCUGUUUUUUUACUACUGCUAAGUAGUGGUUAGUUUAGUAGUUUUUUCCACUACUGCCUAAUAACUAGUGUCCAUUAUUGCGAAGAUCGCUUUCAUAUUCACUUCUUUAUUUGCAGUUUACAUACAUGAUUUUCAUUUAUUCACCGUCAUUUGUUUAUCACUUUACGGGUUUAUUUGGAGCGAACAUAACAGCCUAGUUAGCUUGGUUGGUAGAGUACUGCACCAGUAUCGCUUGAACAUGCGUUCAAAUCCUGUACAGGCCUGAAUUUUUUUCAAGCCGUAUUUCACUUGAUAAGUAGUGUUAGCUUAGACACUUAGGUAACUAGUCACUUAAGUAGUAUUCAUUAUUGCGAAGAUCACAUUCAUGUUCAGUUUCUUUCUCUGUCCACACAAUUUAGUAUCAUCGAGAUAUAUUUUUAACUUAUCCCUCUGCUUUUUAAAUGGUAUCUUAGAUAAA